GCAGACUUGAACGUUGCGGUUUCAGGUCCUUUGGCAGAUUAACUGAAUUAAAUUAAAUAUCAGAAUAUAAUAUUUACAACGUAAGAAGAUAACAACGCGUGUCUUAUAGGAUUUUGGAGGGAUCGUCGCGCAUAGCGGAAUAUGGCGGUGUGCAGCGGUGUUUGAUGCGGUCGGACACAGUGGUUGCGAUACGUUCGAUCAUUUUCGAUGCUGCGCCGACGACCGUGACAGGCCAGCGAGUGGUCAUUAGUGCAUAUUUGCACGCCGCUGCAAAGUAACGGUCGGUAAAGUUUUGACUCGGAAAGGAAACGUUGCACGACACAUAUCAGGGACAGGUGCAAGAUGUCGAAGCCGGAUGAGAAUGCCGACACCGGCGACACCGGGGAUAACUCGAACGCUUCCUCGGCGGAGACCACGUCGUCACGAGGAGGCGACUUCGAAACGAAACUCGAAACGGAUCGAAGCAAGCGGUUCGACUAUUUACUAAAGCAGACCGAGAUAUUCUCGCAUUUUAUGACAAAUAAUCAGAAAGACAAAGCCGGCAGUCCACUGAAAAUCAGACCUGGUCGACCCAGGAAGCAGCCCCCGGAGAUUCCCAAAUUAGACUCUGGCGAUCACAGACAUCGUAAGACCGAGCAGGAGGAAGAUGAGGAACUGUUAGCCGAGAGCAACGCUAGCGUAGCGCCCACUACACGUUUUGAAUCAUCGCCGCAUUACAUCAAGUCUGGAGAGUUGCGCGAUUACCAGAUACGCGGUUUGAAUUGGAUGAUAUCGCUGUACGAGCAUGGUAUAAACGGCAUUCUAGCAGACGAGAUGGGUCUCGGCAAGACACUGCAGACCAUCUCUUUGCUUGGCUACAUGAAACAUUUUCGCAACAUUCCUGGUCCGCAUAUCGUCAUUGUGCCAAAAUCCACGCUAGCCAAUUGGAUGAACGAGUUUAAGAAAUGGUGUCCCAGCUUGAGAGCUGUCUGUCUCAUUGGUGACGCAGAGACCAGAAACACCUUCAUCAGAGAUGUAAUGAUGCCUGGCGAGUGGGACGUAUGCGUGACGUCUUACGAGAUGGUUAUCAAAGAGAAAUCGGUGUUCAAGAAGUUCAACUGGCGCUACAUGGUGAUAGACGAGGCGCACAGAAUAAAGAACGAAAAGUCCAAGCUGUCGGAGAUACUCAGGGAAUUCAAGACCACUAAUCGGCUCUUGUUGACAGGCACGCCACUGCAAAAUAAUCUUCACGAGCUGUGGUCCCUGCUGAAUUUUCUCCUACCGGAUGUAUUCAACAGUUCCGACGAUUUCGACUCGUGGUUUAACACGAAUAGCUUUUUAGGCGACAAUUCUCUGGUCGAGAGGUUACACGCAGUCCUGAGACCGUUUUUAUUGAGGCGCUUGAAGUCUGAGGUGGAAAAAGGGCUGAAACCUAAGAAGGAGAUCAAAGUAUACAUUGGCUUGAGUAAAAUGCAACGAGAAUGGUAUACCAAAGUACUAAUGAAGGAUAUAGAUAUCGUGAACGGCGCGGGCAAGAUAGAGAAGAUGAGAUUGCAAAACAUCCUCAUGCAGUUGCGCAAGUGCUGCAACCAUCCGUAUUUAUUCGACGGCGCCGAGCCCGGACCGCCGUACACCACCGACGAGCAUCUUGUCUACAACUGCGGCAAGAUGGUGAUACUCGACAAAUUAUUGCCGAAGCUGCAGCAGCAGGAGUCCCGUGUGCUGAUCUUCAGUCAGAUGACAAGAAUGCUAGACAUCUUGGAAGAUUACUGUCACUGGCGGUGCUUCCAGUAUUGCCGGCUGGACGGUAACACAGCGCACGAGGAUCGGCAACGGCAGAUCAACGAAUAUAACGCGCCCGGCAGCGAGAAGUUCAUCUUCAUGCUGUCAACCCGCGCGGGCGGUCUCGGUAUCAAUCUGGCGACCGCCGACGUGGUCAUCAUUUACGAUUCCGAUUGGAAUCCACAAAUGGAUCUGCAGGCGAUGGACCGCGCGCAUCGUAUAGGCCAGCAGAAACAAGUGCGGGUUUUCAGGUUUAUCACGGAGAACACGGUGGAGGAGAAGAUCGUCGAGCGAGCGGAAGUGAAGUUGCGGCUGGACAAGCUCGUCAUUCAACAGGGACGGCUGGUCGACGCCAAGCAGACGGCGUUGAACAAAGACGAGAUGCUCAAUAUGAUCAGGCACGGCGCGAACGAGGUAUUCGCGUCCAAGGACAGCGCGAUCACCGACGAAGACAUAGACACCAUAUUGGAAAAGGGCGAGGCGAAAACGGAGGAGAUGAAACAGAAACUCGAGAGCCUGGGGGAGUCGUCGUUGCGCAAUUUCACCGUCGACGCGCCGACGGACUCGGUGUAUCAGUUCGAGGGUGAGGAUUACCGCGAGAAGCAAAAGAUCCUCGGGAUCGGCAAUUGGAUAGAGCCGCCGAAGCGCGAGCGUAAGGCCAAUUACGCAGUGGACGCGUACUUCCGAGAGGCGUUGAGAGUAUCCGAGCCGAAAGCCCCGAAAGCACCGAGACCACCGAAACAGCCGAUAGUGCAAGACUUUCAAUUCUUUCCGCCGCGGUUGUUCGAGCUGCUGGAUCAAGAAAUUUACUACUUCCGACAGACCGUCGGCUACAAGGUGCCGAAGAAUCCCGAGCUCGGUUCGGACGCGGCGCGAAUUCAGAAAGAGGAGCAACGCAAGAUCGACGACGCACAGCCGCUCACCGACGAGGAGGUCGUCGAGAAGGAGCGACUGCUGCUGCAGGGCUUCACCAACUGGACCAAACGGGACUUUAAUCAGUUUAUCAAGGCGAACGAGAAGUACGGUCGCGAUGACAUCGAGAAUAUCGCGAAGGAGGUGGAAGGUAAAACGCCGGAAGAGGUCGUGGAGUAUUCGGCUGUAUUCUGGGAACGUUGCCACGAGCUGCAAGACAUCGAUCGCGUGAUGGCGCAGAUAGAGCGCGGCGAGGCUAAAAUACAGAGGCGCGCCGGCAUCAAGAAGGCACUGGAUGCAAAGAUGGCGAGAUACCGCGCGCCCUUCCACCAGCUCAGGAUAGCGUAUGGCACGAACAAAGGUAAGAACUACACCGAGGAGGAGGACCGAUUUCUCGUUUGCAUGCUCCACAAGCUCGGAUUCGACAAGGAGAACGUGUACGAGGAGCUGCGGGCCACCGUGAGAUCGGCGCCGCAGUUCCGCUUCGAUUGGUUCGUCAAAUCGCGCACCGCGCUCGAGCUGCAGCGUCGCUGCAACACCCUCAUCACCCUGAUCGAACGCGAGAACCAGGAGCUGGAGGAACGCGAGAGACAGGAGAGGAGGAAGAAGGGCAGUAUAGGAACGAAACCGGCCUCAAAACGGAAGCAGGAGAAUCUGCCGGCGCCUCAAGACAAACCGCGGAAAAAGAAGAAGUAAACGUGUAUUUAGCGAGCUCCGAACUGUUGGAACUUGUCUCGCAGACUUUUCAUCGCGAUAUACAGGACUGAGGUACGGAUCACAAUUAUUCGCAGUGCGGUUUUUACAUUUAUAAAUUCACUCGUUUUUCACAGCGAUUUUGCAUACAUACCCCCCAUGACCCUACUAUUUCGGCUGUUCCGAUAGCUUGUGCGCAAUCUUGGAAAUACAUUAGCGCUGCCACAGAUCACAACAUUUCCAUUUCAUCGCUCGUUUAUUUUCAUAAUAGGUAAUAAAAGUUUAUUUUUAUAAUAUCGUAACGCUCUUUAUCGAUGCCUUAAUUUGCCCACUAACGUGUCGAAUCAAGGUACAAAUAAUAGGUGCAAAGCACGAUAUUGUAAAACAAAAUGGGUGAUGAAAUGGACGCUUUUGUGGCAGCGCUCAAGUGUUUCCGCAUUCCUACACAAGCUGUCGAAACACAAAUCUGUAGAAGUAAAUAGUAUACAUUUUCCUCUAAGCAUAUAUACAAUUGGGCGAAUUAGGAUAUUGAUUCGUAUGAUUCUUAUUAAUUUCUCAUGAACUUGAUAUAACUAUGUAUAACGAAAUUUUAUGUGGUCCAUAUGUGCUAAAUCAUUUCGAAUUAUGGAAUAAUUUAUCCAGAAUUGUUUAACACAUUGGUUGCGAAGUGCAUAUAAAACUUUGAGAUUUUUCUAAUAUAUAAUCACAUUAAAAUUUUUAGUAAUUUAUUUUCAAUAAUGAAAAAAAAACUUCUAUUUCUACUACCCUUAAAAAUUGCAGCUCCUGAAUUCAUAACACGUCGAAUAGCACUUCGAAAGAGAUACGAGUAUACAUUUAAGCAAUUUUAUAUCUAAGUUUUACAUACGUACGCGCGUAUACACACAAGACAGACAAGAAUAUGUUUUGCGGAAAGAUACAGAGAGUUUGAAACUUUCAACACAAUAAAUGAAUCUUACGGAUGAAAGGGAUAUUUCAUUCCGAUUGCCACGUGCCACUGAUACUUCUCACGAGAUAUUUAUUAAUCAUUUCAAUUUUUCAGUUCACUCGUUCACAACUGCUCGGAAGGAAAUACAAUAUCUCUAGGUUUGAGUUAUAUACAUAAAAUAUCGGUCAGCUGUUGAGAAUAUAUCGUACUUAUUAUACAAAAGCUCAGCAAUAAGCAUGAUGCUCCGACACACUUGACUGUAAAUGCACGAAUGUAUUGCGACGAAUGUGUACUACAAAAAAAAUUCAUUUUUAUUUAUUGAUAAAUAAAAAGAAAACGAUGAGAGUGUAAAGUUUGGACUGAAACAUUUAUAUCUUCGUUUUCGUUAUGCGGAAAAAUAAUAGAUCAAAUACGAAGAACUGACUAGAUAUAAAAUUUCUCUCUCUUUCACACAAUGCAAAUACAGGUCGAAAAAUAUGACGUACAUUAUGGAAAUGUACACAUUAAAAAUGAAGCAUUAUGA